CAUGCGCACUAAGGCGGUUUGUCGGCACUAUAAGGGCAUGUCUGUAAAAAACAGCGUCUCUCUGUGGGCAAAUAACAUGAAAAAAGCAACGGGAAUACUUGCAUAUGAUCCACAUUCAUUUGAGAUUGAUACACGAUAAGAUGAUUAUCUUCAAGGAGACACAAUACUAAUAACAAAGUAAGGCCAUUAUUAGGGUGGCGUUAAAGCGACAAAAAAAACGAUGUUUAGCAGACGUGGCUAACGUUAGCUUGCAGAGCAGCAAAUUAAAUGCUACCUGAGAGCCUGUCUCUUAAGUCUUCAUUGGGAAUUUCUCUCACCUGGUCUUCAAAGCAAUGGCGUCUUCUCCACGACUGCAUGCAUCCUCCAGCUGUCCAGCUGGCCGAGGGAUCCAUAAACUGCUAGCUGUGUGUGGAACCACAACCCACAUGAAAAACGACCUGCUCCUCCUCAAGCCUGAAGGACCUCAAGUCAACAAACAUCUGGUCUUCUUCCACGGAGACAUUCAGAACUUUCAAGAUGAGAUGGUCCUGCAGCCAGAGGGGGUCGAGUGGCUGUCCUGGAGUCUGGAGCAGGUGGCGAUGAUGCUGGGUGCUCGUUUCCCUCAAGACCACAUUUGGGUGGUACGAGCGUCACGCAUGUACUUACACAAGUUCAGCUCCUACCACAACUUUGUGGAGAGUAACUUGUUUGGAGCACCACAACACGCACCGUACUCACACAACGCUGGAGCUCUUCACCACCUCAGGGCGCUGCUGAGCCACGCUAUGGCACGAGCCGGCCUGCCGAAUGGCUUCCAUCCACAAAAAGACACUGCAAGCAUCCCAGCAAGGUUUUCUUUGACCGUAGUAGGUUUCAGUAAAGGAUGCGUGGUCCUAAACCAGAUGCUGUGUGAGUUGGGCGGCGCACGGGCAGACCGGCAGAUGUGGGACUUUGUCCAAAGCAUCUCGGACAUGUUCUGGCUGGACGGUGGACACCCAGGAGGAAGUGAAACCUGGGUGACGGACAAGCAGGUGCUACGCCAGCUGGCCAACAGCAGAAUUGGCAUCCACGUACAUGUUACCCCGUACGAGGUGCGUGACCCCAUGCGGGCUUGGGUCGGUCGUGAGCACAGAAGCUUCAUCGAGACCCUAGAAGAGUUUGGAGCGAGUCCGUUCCACAAAAUCCACUUUGAAGAUGAACCACCUUCGCUUGAAAAUCACUUCAGGGUCAUCCAGGAUUUCUGACUAAUUAAGUAAAGUUGCAUGUGCUGAAAAAACAUGUAUAUUCAUAUUACGUGUCUGCUCAAAGCUUGUCAUCUAAAGCAGUGGUCCCCAACCACCGGGCCGCGGCCCGGUACCGGUCCGCAGACCGAUUGGUACCGGGCCGCACAAGAAAAUAUAUAUAUAUAUAUAUAUAUAUUUUUUAAUCUACAUAAAAACAGAAUAUAUACACUAUAUAUCAAUGUAUAUCAAUACAGUCCGUAAGCACACAUCAUUGUAUUUCUUUAUUUAAAUUUUUUUUUAACCCCCCCACCCCCCACCCCGUCCUCCCCGGUCCGCGGGACAAAUUUUUAAGCGUUGACCGGUCCGCAGCUACAAAAAGAUUGGGGACCACUGAUCUAGAGAAUCUACAAAGGAUCAUUGAAUCUUACUCUUUUCAUUCUUUUUUUUACUACACUCUUCUUUUUUGCAAAACUCGUACAAUAUAAAAAUUACAAUGUACGACAUGAAGUCCACCUAUUUGUACUUUUGCUUUCAUAAGCAUUUAUUAUAAAUAUAUA